ACCUACCAUCAAUAAAUAUUCUCGAAGAAAAAGUAAUGCAAAAAAUUUCUGGGGACAAUUUUUCCAAAACACACGAGGAAUCAAACGACAGUGAAUACGAAAGUUUACUCUCUCGACGGGAAAAAAUUUAUGUGGAGAGGUUCAUCGGAGAAAGGCAGAGGAAAAUCAAAGAUAAAUCGUGUCGUCGUAUUUUUAUGACUCCGAUGUUCGAAAAUUGGCUUAACAAGUUAGACAGUAAGUUCCCAAACCGGGUCAGUACAAUCGCUCAAAAGAUCAUUCAGAAAACCCGGAGAACAAUCAAAAAUCAUUUGGAAAAAAUGAAACGAAAUGAGAAUCGUAAAAUACAGAAAUCAUCACUACCAAAAUUAUUUUUAACAUCUGCCAAUAAGUAUUCGAAACUUUCAUCACACAAUAAUAGCACCAGUAACGUCUCAAUAAGUCACUUAGAAUCAGCCAACGUUCCAGCAAAAUCGUCAUCAGCGCUCAAGGGAGAAUAUAUUGUAAGAAAACAUGAGACGCGGCGAGUGCGCAGCAGUGCCUCACCAUAUGAACUUAAUGACAAUCAAGACAUGGAUAUCUUAGAAGACAUGAAUAUCUCAGAAGACAUAGACAUCUCAGAAGACAUGGGCAUCGAACAUGACUUGCUCAUGCCAGACGUGUACCAUGAGAUGGCUAGGCGAGUGCCGUCCGCUCUGCUGCCGAACAUGACCGUCUUGAACGUUAGUCGCUUGUCCCAGGUGGACGGUAAGCUACCAUGGCUGCCGUGUGGUCUGCACGAGUACAACUAUUCAAUGGCGCGGCUGUGCGCAGCCAAGUCUCAAGUCCUCAAAGAUCGGCCCUUGCGGUUCACCUUCUUUGGAGACUCGAGAGCUCGGCAGCUCAUGGGGGAUCUCUUUCUUGCCAUGGAACAUCCUUCGUGGAUGCUCUACAUCAAACCCAAGUACAAUCCUGAUAAACCAAUAGCGAUGACCGCGAACAUGUUCCGCAUCAUGGUGGACUACUAUGAGAGCAACCGAAACCUAACUUGGACCGACCGCUUAGCUAGAGCAGAAUUUAACUUCACGACUGCAGAACUUCGACAUCUUGAUGACGCCAAAUAUUAUCUGGAUAAGCGAUAUCCUACUCCUGGUGCGACGGAAGAAGUGUCUCGAGAGAACAAGAAAAUUUCAAAUCGGAGUAGAAAAGAUCAGUUGUUGUCACCUUCAAAACCAAAAGAAAGCCCAAACAAGUCCACUGGUGAACGAAUAGUACAACAAAGCGAGACUGUUCCCAAGAAUCUAAGCGAUUCUAUAGAGGACGCAAAAUUUAAUCCUAAGUCUGAAAUUAGUGAUGUAGUACACGCAGGGCUCAUCAGGCUCAAGUUUCAUGUAGCCGUCUACCCGCAUACGCAGGAGAUGGAGCCUUCGUUGCCGACUCUGCUGGAGACCUUUCGAAAAUACGAGUCAAUGCACCCUUUGGAUCUACCAUCCAUGAUUAUAAUAAGCUGUGGCAUGUGGGAGAUCCAGCUAAGCAAGAGGGAGAUGUUGGUUGGCAUCGACAACGGUCUGCGGCAGUUCGAACAAGCUCGUCCAGAGCUGUUCAGGCAUCUACGCCGCUGGGCGUCGCACGGUGUCACCAUCGUCUGGAUGCUACUUGAUCCAGUCAGAGACAAGCUGGUGAAGAGUAACGGGCAGCCGCUGGUAGACUCUCCUCACCCGUUCAGUGACAGUCUCUACUCGUGGCUUAACUCCAUCCUGGCGCUCGCCCUGCUGCCGGUCAUACGCGAAGGCACCCUGAUGAUGUGGGAUACCGGGUUUCCCGUGAGCGUUCGAGCUAACGACGACUGUGCCAAGCUGAUGCGCUACUCCACCGCGACGGAUGCCUUCUCUUCCACCCCGGCCUGGCGCUGCUACGACUUUCUCCACGCUGGUCAUCAGAGCUACCAAGUCUACGCACAGAUGGUCCUUAACUACGCCUGUAAUGAUGUUAUGGCAGAGCAAUUAGCGGCGCAAACCGACCACUUAUGCUGCUCUUAACUUCAACGGAAAAAAUCAAUGAACUUUUUAAUGGGAUUUUA